AGUGGGUCCAGAGCCAGGCGACACGGGUCCUGACCCGGAACCAGGACCAGGCGACACGGGUCCUGAUCCAGAACCAGAACCAGGCGACACGGGUCCUGAUCCAGAACCAGGCGACACGGGUCCUGACCCGGAACCAGAACCAGGCGACACGAUUCCUGAUCCAGAGCCAGAACCAGGCGAAACGGGUCCUGAUCCAGAACUAGAACCAGGCGACACGGGUCCUGAUCCAGAACCAGAGCCAGGCGACACGGGUCCUGACCCGGAACCAGAACCAGGCGACACGGGUCCUGAUCCAGAACCAGGCGACACGGGUCCUGACCCGGAACCAGAACCAGGCGACACGAUUCCUGAUCCAGAGCCAGAACCAGGCGACACGGGUCCUGAUCCAGAACCAGAGCAAGGUGACACGGGUCCUGAAUCGGAACCAGAACCAGGCGACACGGGUCCUGACCCGAAACCAGAACCAGGCGACACGGGUCCUGAUCCGGAACCAGAGCAAGGUGACACGGGUCCUGAAUCGGAACCAGAACCAGGCGACACGGGUCCUGAUCCGGAACCAGCGGACACAGGUCCUGCUCCUGCUCCAGAGCCAGAACCAGCUGACAGGCCCUGGUCUGGUACUGCUCCUGUCCCUCCGGCGGUCCUGGUCCAGCAGGGCGGGAUGUUCAGAGCGGUUCUUCAGGCUCUGGGUGUUCUGCUGCUGGCUCUGCUUCUGGGGAACUUUGGACUCGGCUGGUUUCAGCGCAGCAACGUCCAGAAGGAACCGCAGCAGAGGAGCUCUCCGAGAAGACCCUCACUCAGUCCGGACCAGAGCUGCUUCUGCCAGCUCACUGGAGUCCUGGACGACUGCUUCUGUGAUGUGGAGAGCAUCGACGUCUUCAACAACUUCAAGAUUUACCCUCGCAUCAAGAAGCUGACGGAGAGAGACUACUUCAGAUACUACCGGGUCAACCUGAAGAGACCCUGCCCCUUCUGGAGCGAUGACGGACACUGUGCCAUCAAAGACUGCCAUGUGGAGCCCUGCCCAGAGAGCAAGAUUCCUGUUGGCAUCAAGUCCGGGAACUACAACAAGUACUCCCAGGCAGCCAACAGCGUGUCAGACAGGAGUGAGUGUGAACAAGCUGACGACCUGGGAGCCAUCAACAGCACCCUGAGUAAUCAGAGUAAAGAGGCCUUCGUGGACUGGGCGAGACACGACGACGCUCAGGACCAUUUCUGUGAGCUGGACGAUGAGACCUCUCCGGACGCGGACUACGUGGACCUGCUGCUGAACCCGGAGCGCUUCACGGGGUACCGGGGAGCGUCGGCCUGGAGGGUCUGGAACAGCAUCUACGAGGAGAACUGCUUCAAGCCCAGAUCGGUGUACAGACCUCUGAACCCUCUGGCCCCCAGCAGAGGAGACGACGACGGAGAGAGCUUCUACAACUGGCUGGAGGGCCUGUGUCUGGAGAAGAGGGUUUUCUACCGCCUCAUCUCCGGCCUGCACAGCAGCAUCAACAUCCACCUGUGUGCCGAGUACCUGCUGGACGAGGGCUGGGGUCGCUCCGUCUGGGGUCCCAACGUCCAGGAGUUCAGGCGGCGCUUCGACACGGCCGAGACCAAAGGCGAAGGAACCCGGCGGCUGAAGAACCUGUACUUCCUGUACCUGAUGGAGCUGCGGGCGCUCUACAAGGUGGCGCCCUACUUCGAGCGGGCGUUCAUCAACCUGUACACCGGGAACUCCCGGGAGGACGGGGACACCAAGGAGCUGCUGCUGCAGAUCUUCAACGAGAUCAAAGCGUUCCCCAUGCACUUCGACGAGAAGUCCAUGUUCGCAGGAAACAAGCUGGAGGCCAAAACCCUGAAGGAGGAAUUCCGGCUGCACUUUAAGAACAUCUCCAGGAUCAUGGACUGUGUCGGCUGCAGCAAGUGUCGCCUCUGGGGGAAGCUGCAGACCCAGGGUUUGGGUACGGCUCUGAAGAUCCUGUUCUCUGAGAAGGAGAUCCAGAACCUUCCGGAGCGCAGUCCGUCUAAAGGCUUCCAGCUGACCCGGCAGGAGAUCGUGGCCUUACUGAACGGCUUCGGCAGGUUGUCCACCAGUAUCUAUCAGCUGCAUCACUUCCGCCUGCUGCUGAAUGAGAGCAGGUAACAGCAGCUGCUGUCCACAAGGUGUCGCCAGCGGACCACGGACUGCUUCUUACUGCUGGACUCCAGGGUGUGCAGCCCCCCCACCCCCCACCCCCAGUGCCUCCCCCCACCCAGACUUCAGCUCUGUUUCUGUUUCUUCUGGUUUCCAACUCGUUGGCCACUCAGAGCUUCUUCCUCCUCCUCCUCCUCCUCCUCAGUGUCUGCUCAUGUGUGAGUGUGACUGGGACCAAUCUGUUUAUGAAUACUCUGUGUGCAUGUGUGUGUGUGUGUGUGUGUGUGUGUGUGUGUGUGUGUGUGUGUGCGUGUGUGUGUGUGUGUUCGGUUCAUUUCUCGUCCUCAGUCAGAGAAAAGCGUCUUUUCCACCUUUUCUCUUCGCUGCCUCUCGAGUGUGUUUUGGGAUUUUAAGCGAUGGUCCGGGACUUUCUCACCGCGGGGUUAAAGGUCUGAAUCGUGUCAGAGGAGCAGCAGAGGCAGAAACGCUCACGUGAACCAAAGAGUCGUGUAAGUUUCCUUCCUGAUCCUGCGAUCAGUGUUUUCUCUUCUCCAGCUUCGGUCCAGGUCGCGAUGAGCUCUGAUUGGUCCGGCUGCUUCUGGGUUCUGACCGUCAAAGAUCUCAAACGUAGAGUUUGGUUUUCACAAGAGAGGUUUGGAAUUCAUCUGUUUUUCUGCUCUGUCCAGUUUGGCUCCAUGAACUUUGACCUCAGUGAUUCCUUCAGUUCACUUUUUAUGGAAUCAAGAAACUCACCGAACAUUUGGUCACAAGAAGAGAAUCUUAGAUCCUUUGAUUUUCACUGGAGUUCUGAUGUUGUGUUAGGGUUCUGUUAGGGUUCUGUUAGGGUUCUGUUGGAGUUCUGUUGGGGUUCUGUUGGGGUUCUGUUGGAGUUCUGUUGGGGUUCUGUUGGGGUUCUGUUGGGGUUC